AUGAAUUGUGCACAUGGGCAUGGUAUCCCACAUGUUAGGAAUUCUGAUUACAGUGAUGAGAAUUACUUGAAAUCUGUAAAGAAAUACUUUUCUACCUCUAAUGAAAUUAUAAAAAUGAAACAUGGCCCAGAUUUAAUCCCUUUUAAAAAGAAGAAGCUGAGGGAGCAGAAGGCACACAAAAAAACUGUCUUUGAUCGAUUGACGGAUGCAAAUUUUUACACAGGUAUUCAUAAGCAGAAAUUUGAGAAAUUAAAUAGUAGAAUUAUUACAAGGAAAGAAACGAAUUGUAAUUUUGAUCCGAGCAAUUUUGUAAGAAAAGAAAAAGAUGCAAAUGAACAUUACGCAUGUUCUACUUUGGAAAAAAAUAAAUGUUUCAUCAUGCCUGUAGUUAUUCCAGGUACUUUAGGAAUGCAGAAAUAUGGAAUUCAAAUUGCCCGACCAAAAUAUAUUUGGUUAUUUCGAAAUGGAGAUAAAAAUCACAAUGGAUUAUUAUUCUUAGUCAAGCCUUACAUACACAAUUGGAAAUCGCUUCUUAUAGAAAUAACAAAAGUAUUAGAUCCUAUCAUGGGACCUGUAAGAAAAAUAUACAAUACCAAUUUCAGUCUAGUAAAAACAUUUGCAGGCCUGAACGAUGGGGAAAAGUAUUUGUGCACCUCUGGGGAACCACCUGCUUGCAUAGACCGAUUGGAUCGUUUUCUAAGUCCUUGGGUGAUGCACAGCUGA